AUGUCCAAUCUGUCAACUAUAAAGGCGGUGCACACCCGAUAUGUGAAUACCUUGAGCAAAGAAAUUGAAACAGCUCAAAGGUUGAUAUCAGGUGAAGGCCUGGAGGAAGAAAGAGAAAUAAAUAUAGCAUUGGGAGAUAAAUGUUCCAAACUGUUGAAAUGCUACAGUGAAAAGGUGGAAACCCAAAUGGGUAAAUUGUUAGAUUUGAUGGGUGAUAGCGACGCGAAAAGUGCGGAUAGUGUGGUGGAAAAAGAUUGUGAAAUAUUGAGAGAAGCAGAGAGAUACAUUAUAGAAUUAGAGCAGCUUGGGGAAAGGUUGAUACAGAAACCAAAACAAGAAACCGAAAAAAGUCAAAUGAUAGAGUUGCAAAAACAAAUGCAAGAUUUGCUACAUGUUCAAAUGCAGCAACAAAGAGAUUUAAUGGUGCGUCAAGAAAAAAGAGACAGUCAACAAAAAAGUUGUGUAAAACUACCAAAGUUGGAUUUGUGCCCAUUUAACGGUGAUAAAUUAAAGUGGACACAAUUUUGGGAUGCGUUUGAAUGCACAGUUCAUGACAACAAGAAUUUGUCGAAAAUUGAAAAAUUCAAUUAUCUUCAAACAAAGAUUGUUGGUGAAGCUAAACAAGCAAUUGCCGGAUUGGCAUUGUCAAACGAGAACUACACUGUGGCAAUUGAUAUAUUGAAGCAGAGGUUUGGAAAUCCACAGGAGGCUGUGGAUUUGCAUUACAAAAGGCUGAUGAAUAUGCCAGCACCAAAUGGGAAAGUGGAUAGUUUACGCGCAUACCUAGAUACAGUAGAGAAACAUUUACGUAGUUUGGAGGUAUUGCAUGAAGAUAUUGAACAACAUGUGUUCGUUUCAAUGAUUCGUUCCAAGCUGUCUGGGGAUGUGUUAAGACAAAUUGAGUUGAAAAAAGGAUCAAAGGUAAAAUGGACGGUGCAUGGGCUAAUAGACGCUUUGCGUGAAUACAUAUUAGCCUGUGAACACGCCGACGACAAAGAUAAAUUGGAGAAAGCUUCAGAUAAUACUAGGGUGGGAGCACAUAAGUUCCAGAAGCCCCAAGAGAGGCCACAGUAUUCAACAUACCAGUCCCACAGAAGUGAACGACCUUUCCAUAAGCCAUUAACCUCUGCUGAAACAUUAUAUGCUAAUGUGAAAGGUAAAUCAGCAGGGAAUUUCCAGAUUAAAUGCAGGUAUUGCAAUGACCGUCACUGGAGUGAUGAAUGUUUGAGGUACAAAGGGAUUGAAGAUCGGAAGAAAAAACUGCAUGGGUCAUGCUUUAAAUGUCUUAAAGAAGGACAUACAGCCAGGGAAUGUAAGACGAAAAAAUUGUGUGUUCAUUGUGGUGAAAUGGAUCAUCACCACAGAAGUUUGUGCCCAAAGAAAUUCGGAGGGAAAACCACAAAUGUGCAUCUUUCAGAGGAGAUAAGGGAAGACCCAUCUCACAAUAGUGCUACAAAGGGUCAUGUGUUAAUAUCGUCCGAUGAAAUGGUGCUCAUGCAAACCGCCAAGGCGAGUGUAGGCAAUAGAGACACAUCAGUUCAUGAAACAACUCGAUUGUUGUUUGAUUCGGGAUCACAAAGGACGUAUAUCACGGAACGACUAGCUAACAAACUAGGUUUAAAACCUACAGCCGAACAGGAACUGAAGCUUGUUACGUUCGGAAGUGAACAUACAAAGGUAAUAAAGACAAAAUCAGUGAACAUUGACAUUACCUUAAAGGACGGAUCCUGUAUGAAGUUGACAGCAAAUGUAGUGCCUACAAUAAGUGGAACAAUUCAGAGGAAUCCAUUGACGAAGGUGCUUUCAAAACAAAUGGAACAUUUGAUUAAUAGUGUAGACCUAUCAGAUACUAUUCCAAGAGCUCAGGAAACCACAACAAUUGAUGUCUUGAUUGGGAAUGACUAUUACUUAGAUAUUGUGUUACCCCAACGAAUAGAGAUUGAACCCGGACUGUAUUUGUUAUCUUCAAAACUUGGAUGGAUUUUAACAGGCCGUUUGAGUGAAGUUGAAAGUGGAACUGAUACACUGAGCAUGUUUGUGUUGACGCAUGGUACAGACAUCACAAAACAAAGUACAUUUUCAAGCUUAGAUGCUGCAAUUCCUACUAAGCCAGAUUUGGAAGAUUUCUGGAACAUCGAGUCGAUUGGCAUAAUUGACAAUGUGGACAAGUCCGAUGAUGACAUCGCCAUGCGAAAAUUCCAGGACACCGUUAGAUUUGACGAUGGUCGCUAUCAAGUUACAUGGCCAUGGCGUGAAGAAGAUUUCGAACUGCCAUCUAUCCGACAACUUGCUCUUGGUCGUCUGAGGUCCACAGUGGCGAGAAUGUGUAAAAGACCAGAGCUUUUCAAAAAGUACAACACAGUGAUUGAGGAUCAGUUGGAAAAGGGUGUUAUUGAAAAGGUGAACUUUGGAGACCAGGAUGGCGUGGUUCACUAUAUUCCCCACCACGCGGUUAUUACACCACAAAAAACGACCACCAAAUUACGAGUAGUGUACGACGCGUCCGCGAAGACACGAAAUGAGAACCACAGUCUUAAUGAAUGUUUGUAUCGUGGUCCAGUGAUUUUGCAACAGUUGUGCGGGAUGCUUAUACGAUUCCGUAUGCACAGGAUAGCAAUUACUGCUGAUAUAGAGAAGGCCUUCCUUCAAAUAGGAUUACAAUUAGACCAACGAGAUGUUACCAGAUUUCUCUGGUUGAAGAACUGUGAAACACCGACGGUGGACAAGGAUAAAUUCAAGAGUUUCGUUUUCGUCGAGUCCCGUUUGGUGUUAUUUCAAGCCCAUUUCUUUUAG